AUGACCAACUACGGAGACGCCUGGAAUACGACCUACGACACCACCACGGGGUCCGCCUACGACACCACCGCGGGGUCAGCCUACGACACCACCGCGGGGUCAGCCUACGACACCACCGCGGGAUCAGCCUACACUCCCACAGGCUCAUCCACCUAUAAUACCUUGGGUUCGACCUACAGCCCCUCGGGCUACGGCACCUAUGGUACCAGGGACUAUGGCACAGUGGGCUACGGUUCCAAUACAGCUGCUACGACUUAUGAUACCGACACCGGCCGCGGCACCACAUCCUAUGACCCGGCCACCGGUGCCUACGACCAACAUCUUGAUUACAACACCCCUACCGGCCGCCGACACCACCGCGAGCGCGUUAACUCGGCUGGCACUUAUCGUCACCGCGACGUUGACCGAUAUGAUGACGGAUCUGCUCGUGUCCACAAGGAAUAUGACAAUCCAAACACGGGUACCAGCUACCACCGUGACUUCACGCGUUAA